AUGGCUGUAUUGAAAUGGUUGAGCAUUUGCCUGACUCUGUUCUGCCAAGGCACAGCAGCAUCAAAACCUUGCAGGUGGACGCAGUUUAGGUUGGGGAAGCUGAACGAUGUGAGCAUAGACCUGCUCUCAGAUAUGGGUGGACUCUUUCCACUUAUGUGUGCAGAAGAAAACGUCGAACAAAUGUUUCCAGAGGAUCUUUACAAGAACACAGAGGGUGAGGACGUCUCUGUGGUUGCAUUGGAGGCUAUGCGAUAUGUGGAACAAUUAUAUAACAACAGUCUGACGUCUGUCACGUGGAACAAAAUAAAACUUAACAUGUUCCAAAACGUCAUAUAUCGUCAAGUUCAAAACUUAGAGUUAUGUGUUGUAGGCGGUGUUUGGGAAUCCUCUGGAGAUGGAGGGUCGGUUACUCUGAAAACAUAUUUCAACAAGCUGAACACCGUCUUGAAAGAGAAGGAACACAGCGCAUGCGCAUGGGAGAUUGUGCGAAAGGAGAUUCGCGAAAACUUGGUGCAGUUCAAGAAAUUCCUUGACAGCAGAGUCAAGCCGUGA